UAGCUUUGACAUCAAAUCAAUUACUGGUUUGUGUGUGUUUUAUUAUAUUCAUCAUUGCAGUCUUUCAUUAAUACAUUGUUAGUAUACUUUAUAUUCGAAUUAUUGCAAAAAAUAUUGCUUAUUAACAAACAUAUUUUACUAGAAAGUAAACAAAUGGUGAAUUUUUGUACAUAUUACACAGUAAAGAAAAAUCUGUAUAUGUAAAAAAGAGUACUGGAAAGGCACUGAAUGAAAUAAAUUAUGAUCAAUGUAUCAAUGUUUAUUUUUGGUUGUAAUUUAACUAAUAAAUAUAUAUAAUCAUGAAUUACUGGCACAGUACUGGAGAAAUCUUGAAUAACAUUACCCUUUAAUCUUUAGAAACGUUUAAUAACACAUACAUGGUGCUUGAGUGUGAUUUUAUUGAAUUCUUAAGUGUUUUACUCAGUAACUGUGUUUGGGAUGCACACAGAUGCAUGUUUGCAUGUGUUGUGUCAAUAUUUUAUACAGUGCUGCAUGUCUGAAAGUGAAGCUGUAAUGUUGGCGUGUAGAAAAUAAUCCAAUCAGAGUGUGGGAAAGCAUAAUCCUGUCUAAUCCAACCGCAGCCAUGAAGAACAGAGAUCAUUCAGGCAGUGAGAGUGACCAGACACUGACAAACAUCCUCUCCUUCAUAAAGAUCCUGCUGUAUAUCCUCAAAUGCGGAUCUGUUAGCAGUGAGGGUUUAACCAGAGCAGCAUAUCAUAGAAAAACAGAAGUGUUUAAUGGUCAAGCCACAAACGGACACCUAAGAUGAUCAGUUGUUUUUCUGUCACGUGGCCAGGCAGGUGCAGGAACACUUGCGCAGAUCACCUGUUACUGAGGGGUUAUUAUUAAGGACCGUCUGCUGGAUGUCAGUGAGGGAGGGACCAACAGGCUCCUGAUAUAUGGGUUUUACUGGCCAACAGCUGCCACCUGCCUGUUUCUACAGCAACAAACCAGACCACCUUCAGCAACCACACCUGAAAGAAACUCUGAACACACCACACACAGGAUGGGCUACGAUCUGGAGCGUUUUGUAGGCUAUGUGAACGAGGGUCUGCUGUGCUGUGUGUGCCGGGAUGUGUUAGAAGACCCUUUACAGGCUCCGUGUGAGCACGCCUUUUGCAGCACCUGCAUUCAUGGAUGGCUCAUCCACCACAACAGCUGUCCAGAGGACCGUCUGCCUUUAGACAUCACGCACCUCCGCCCGCUCUUCAGAUACAUGAGGAAUGAUUUAGCGAGGCUGCAGGUCAGAUGUGUGUUCAGGCCUCAGGGCUGUGAGGUCAUCUGUGCUCUGGAGUCUAUUCAUCGGCAUGAGCAACAGUGUGAUUACGCUUUGCUCAACUGCACUAAUACAGGCUGCCCAGUUCAGGUCUCUCGUCGCUCUCUGGAAGCUCACCUGUGUGUGUGUGAGUACAGCAGUAGAGUUUGUGCGAGCGGCUGUGGAUACACAAUCCUCAACACGGAUGAAGCUCAACACAACUGCGUAUCGGAGUUGCGAGCUGAGUUGGACAUGCUCAGGGCAGAAUUAGACUGCAAAGUCGAAGAAGUGAGGCAUGAAAUGGAAUCACGCUUGGACUCCCAAAGAAGACACAUGGUGCAGAAGGAGAGUUUGCUAAGGAGUGAAGUGGACGAACUUAAGGCUCAGCUGUCCCGGGUCAUGUCAGAUGUGCGUGUUCUGCUGGGAGCAGAGAGAGCGCGUAGACAAGAGCUGGAGAGGGCAGAGCUGGAGAAGGCGGAGCUUCUUGAACUUUUAAAAAAGGAGGGGCUCAGACCAGCCACGCCCUCUGAAGCAGCCCCACCCCCUGCUGAAAUGCAGAGAAAGCCAAGCCCACGCAGUCUGGCUCUGGACUGCAUCAAAAGGAAGAACAGAGAGGUCACUGUCAUCUGAGGACACGGCUUUUCAUAGUAGAACAGUAAAGCCCAAAGCACACUUUUGUGUGUGUGUGUGUGUGUGUGUGUGUGUGUGUUUGUUUAUGUGACAUGAAUUUCAGCCUUUGCGCAGUGCAUGUAUAGUCUAGUUCUUUUUGUUACCACAUGUACUGUGCAAUGCACCUGCAGUUCACACUUUACAGAUUUGGUUUUAAUUGUUUUGCAUUAAUUGUUUUGUCCACAAGAUGGCAACCCUGAACUGGGCUUUUGUUCCACAGUUAGAUUAAAUAAUAACAAAGAUACAAGUCACAGUAGACGAGAAAUCAAUAGAUGCUCACACUCACAAUGACUGUAUUUGGGGAUGAAAAGAUGGCCACAAUUCUUUGUUUAAACAUUUUAUAGCCACAAUUCUAUUUUAAACCUAUUAUUUAUAUAACUUUUGAAGAAAAUCUGUCAAGGAUGAUUUUUUCAGGCAUGGAUGUCGAAUGUUCUAAAAACUGAAACAAAAUGUUUUGAUUGCCGCUGGUGGUUGGCUGCACACACACGCACACACACACACACGCACACACACACACGCACGCACGCACGCACGCACGCACGCACGCACACACACACACACACACACACACAAACACACCCGGUCUAUGUAAACAAUUAUGAUAUGAACUAAACAAAAUAAUUGUUAAUCAAAGACAUUUUUUACAAAGAUGGCUUCUGUCAUUUGGAUUUAUUAUGUUAGCGUAUGUCUAGGUGUUUGCUUUUCUAAUAUGUUUGCUUUUAGUUAUUGUGUUGGCUUCAUAAAUACAGGGAGUGGCAUUAUCAGGGGAUCAGUAGGUAGUGAUUACUAAAGCCGUUUUAGGGAAUUAUAAGAGUUUGGAAAGUACCCUGAUAACACAGAACUUCAUGAUCACCAAUUUUGUAGGCUCUGGCUCCAAAGGGCAUCAUCAGAGCAAAAUGGUAGAAGCCAUCUUUGAGACGUUUUGGCUUCACUUUUUUAUAGUGGAAGAAAGUGUAAUGUUGUUUUUUGGAAUGGCCGUGUAUCCAGCAGUGCACAUUCACUAACACACACACAGAAAAGAAUGAAGUGUACUUGAUGAUUCACAUUGAUGGUAACAGAAAACCGCAAACGGGAACUCAUCAUCUGAAUGAAAAGCCGGAUUAAUCGAUUAAGUGCUAUAAAGCUAUGGGCUAAAAUUAAACCAAAUUGUGACGUAAAGAAUAAAAGUUUAGAAUUUGUUUUCCCAUUUGAAAGAAUAACCGAUACAUUCUGCUACUUUUCUUGAUAUUAAAACAAUCUGUUUCAACAA